AUGAUAAACAUUCCGUUCCCUGAGUUAUGGUCUUUUGUACUAGAUCAAGAACAUGGUGAAACUCAUUGUAGAAGAACAGGAAACAAACUUUUUGGAGAAUCUCGCUUAAACAGCGUAAAGCAAUGCAUAUGGCAGCUUACAUCGGAGUCMGCCCAAGGGAACUUUAUUGUCGAGUUUGAUGCGUUUUCCUUUGAUAAUCCUGACCCUACGUGCACCAAAGAUUACGUAGAAAUACGUAAUGGAUACACUCGAUACGCUCCACUAAUAGGAAAGUACUGCGGAAAUAACAAGCCUCACUUUAUCAAGUCCACAAAUGGUGCUCUUUGGMUACGAUUUGUUGUAUCAGGGGAAAGUGAAAAUAAAGUAACGAUGAGUUACGAAUUUGUCCCAACUCACCGUUCAUUGAAUCAUCAAAGUUUGGUCUUUGACAAAGGAAUUUGUGGAUUACGCACUUUAAGUAGGACAUCUCCGCAACAGAGAAAUUGGCCAGGGCAAUGGCCUUGGCAAGUAGCAUUGUUCAAGCUAUCUUCCCAUUGGACAGUUCAAGCAGGUGUAUGGGAUUUUCUUCACAAAGACGGUAACAAAAAAGAAUUCAAUGUCAAGGCAAUUUACAUACAUCCUCAUUAUGAUGCACAGUCACAUCAAAGCGACUUGGCUUUGAUCUAUCUACAGACGCAAGUAGCACAUAAUGACAGGGUGAAACCCAUCUGCUUGGGUACAUUCACAGACUUGAAACCUGGAAAAAUCUGCUCUGUAGCUGGUUGGGGAAGUACUUCAACAACUCAUAGUAGAUCUAGAACCCUAUUGCAUAGAAAKCUACCUUUGGUAUCUAAGGAACAAUGUAACAGUGAAUCUGCUCAUGGAGGUCGCGUGGAUUCUAGUAUGAUAUGUGCGGGCUAUUCCCAUGGGGGAAGCGAUGGGUGCUACGGUGAUGGGGGUAGCCCUCUUAUGUGUCAAGACUCGUCGAACAAGUGGGCAAUAAGUGGCAUCUAUAGCUGGGGUGAAGGUUGUGGCUUGCCUGAAAAGUAUGGACUGAGUACUGAUUUCACUCAAGUGUAUCGAACAAGUAAUGGUCGAAAUAUUCUAAAAUAA